AUGGCCGACCCACUGUCCGCGCUCGGACUUGCGUCGAAUAUCGUCCAGUUCAUCAGUUUCGGAAGCACACUCCUCUCCAAAGGACUUGAGAUUCACAAGUCUGCAGAUGGAGCACUGGUUAAAUACUCAGAGCUCGAAGCAAUCACAAUGAAUCUCGAGGAACUCAGUAGAGGAUUAGGUCGUCGCUAUGAACCAACCACACAGACCAGUCAGCAGUUGCAGAAUCUGUGUCAAGGCUGCAGAACGGUAAUAACAGAGCUGCUGGAAGCCCUCCAAAACCUUAAAGCCGAUAGCAAGCAUAGCCGAUGGAACAGUUUCCGACAAGCCCUUGCUAGCGUCUGGAGCCAAGAUAAAAUCCAAGGUUUGUUGGGGAGAUUGGAUACAUAUAGGCAGCAAAUAGACAUCACGUUGUUAGAAAAACACAAAGAGCUCUUCGAUGACAUGGGAAAAAAUCAGAAUGAAGCCAUGGAGCACAUUAGCGGGCUAAUUAUUGGUUUUACCGAUGAUAACAAGCGAUGGCAAGCGGACAUGAUUGACACCUUAUACACGAAAAAGUGGCAAGCUGAGAACGAGGAUCAUGUCGCUGAGUUUUCCGCGAAACUGACAGACGCCGCAAAAUUGCAAAGAGAAUAUGAGAUGAAAGAGAGGUUCCUUUAUCGUCUCCGUUUUCAUGGCAUGUCUGACCGUUAUGAGCAAAUACCAGAGGCCCACAAGCGAACUUUUGAGUGGAUCUUUGAUCCGCGCCGUUGGGACAAUUUCACCAACUGGUUGCGUGGUAGCGGCAGUCUCUAUUGGAUCACGGGUAAACCAGGAUCUGGGAAGUCAACCCUAAUGAAGUUACUCUUUAACGAUGCCCGAACUCGAGGACAUUUGAAACAGUGGAUUUCAGGACUUCCUCUUGUGACAGCUGGUUUUUUUUUCUGGAACUCCGGCACCGCGAUGCAAAUGUCCCGGUUAGGCCUUUUGCAAACACUUCUCUAUCAGGUUCUAAAAGAGCGACCAGCGCUUAUUCCCCAGGUUUUCCCCGACAGGUGGAGAUUAUACAAUCUCUUCGGGGGUGAUCUUCAUCCAUGGGAUUGGCAUGAACUUUCACGAGCUAUCAAAGUAUUGGUGUUGGACGACUCACUGCGCUUUCUGCUCUUUAUCGACGGACUGGAUGAAUUUGAUGGAAAAAUUUCGGAUCUUAUCGAUAUCCUAACAAACGUUGCUAUGUCAUUGAAUGUCAAGAUUUGCGUAGCUAGCCGACCUUGGCUUGCAUUCGAAGAGGCCUUCCGGGAUAGACCGGGACUCAGGCUCGAGGAACUUACGAGUUCUGACAUUCGACACUUUGUCACUGCGAAACUGAAGAACAAUGGCCGGUUUGUCGAGCUAGAGCAGCAAUACCAGCAAUCGGCCUUGAGCUUGAUCAGCGAAAUUACAGAAAAAGCCUCAGGUGUAUUUCUUUGGGUUCAUUUGGUCGUGGCGUCUUUGCUUCAAGGCUUAAGAGAUGGGGCUUGGAUAUCAGAAUUGCAGAAAAAGGUGCUGGAACUGCCAACUGAUCUUGAGCAGCUAUUCAAAAAGAUUUUGGAUAACUUCGAACCGUCCUAUUUCGAGCAAACAUCACGAAUUUUCCAGGUCACCCGAGCAGCGGCAGAACCACUAAGCCUUCUGAACCUCGCAUUUGCGGAAAGGGGUGUAUUGGAAGCUCUGGUUGCCGAGGUCACACCUUUGCCUACUGAUGAGAUGUAUUACAAUACGGAAACGAUGAGGCGGCGCUUAGUUAGCCGUUGUCAAGGACUCCUUGAAGUAUCACCCAUCGACUCGAAACUACAUUUGCCUUACGCCAAAGUGCAAUACCUCCAUCGAACCGUCAAGGAUUUCAUGGCCAGAGCAGAGAUUUGGAACUACAUUCUGAGUGGUACAAAGGAAAACGGAACAUUUGAUCCGUCUUUGGCACUAUGUGUGUCUUUUCUCUUUCAGCUCAAAACCUUGAGGCCAUAUUUCGAAAUGGCGAGCCAGUUCUGGCAUAUUAUCCGGUCAUGCGUUAUGUACGCUACCAAAGCUGA